AUGAAGCAGCCGUCUGCAUUCCUCCUUCUCUUCAUCUCGGAGGAGGUGAACAAUCUGUGUAUCGACUCCUGUGUGAGUUUACUCUUUAAUCCUGUUACUGUCCCUUGGCAUACCUUCUGUCAGUCAUGUUUAGCUCGUCUUUUUGACCACUCCCUUUUUGUCCUGUUUGUCCACUUCCUGGAAUGCCCUUCUCCUCUGCAUAUUUAUGAACCUCGUUAUCGUCUAAUGAUACGACGAUGUAUUGAAAGUAACAGCAGACGUUUUGGUAUGUGCUUGCCAAGUAAUGAUUUAGGGGUAAGUCAUGUGACUUGCUAUUGAGAUAAUGUGACAGGUCAUGUGAUAUUUCACAGGUCUGACUACAGUGAUUAUGGCAGUGUACUUUUUAUAAGCUCAUUAGAGCAUACUCCAGAUGGGCGGAGCCUAGUCACCACAGUUUGCCUCAUUGAGAUCUCUCCAGGAUGA